AUGAUAAUAACAGCAAUAACACCAGCGAGCAACACCAGCGAGCAACACCAGCGAGCAACACCAGCGAGCAACACCAGCGAGCAACACCAGCGAGCAACACCAGCGAGCAACACCAGCGAGCAACACCAGCGAGCAACACCAGCGAGUAACACCAGCGAACAACACCAGCGAGCAACACCAGCGAGCAACACCAGCGAGCAACACCAGCGAGCAACACCAGCGAGCAACACCAGCCAGCAACACCAGCCAGCAACACCAGCGAGCAACACCAGCCAGCAACACCAGCGAGCAACACCAGCCAGCAACACCAGCGAGCAACACCAGCCAGCAACACCAGCCAGCAACACCAGCGAGCAACACCAGCCACACCAGCGAGCAACACCAGCGAGCAACACCAGCCAGCAACACCAGCGAGCAACACCAGCGAGCAACACCCAGCAACACCAGCCAGCAACACCAGCGAGCAACACCAGCCAGCAACAGCAAAGGCAACACCAGCGAGAACACCACAAACAACCCCAGCGAGCAAACCAGCGAGCAACCCCACGAGCAAAAAACCAGGGCAAACCAGCGAGCAACCCCACCAGCAACCCCAAACCCAGCAACACCAGCAAAGCAACACCACCCACAACCCCAUCGAGCAACACCACCCCAAGCAACCCCAGCGAGCACACCACCCAGCAAAAACCACGAGAAAACCCCACCCAACCAACACCAGCGAGCAACACCACAAGCAACACCACCCAGCAACAAAACACCACAAACACCACCCAGCAACACCACCCAGCAACCCCACGAGCAACACCAGCCCCCCAAAAACCCGGCCCCCGGGGCCCCAAACAAAAAACCAGGAGAACCCACACCAACCCCACCAAAAUAAAGGGAAACGCCAGAACCCCCAGCGGGAACCCCGAAAAACCAGCAGAAACCAAGGGAGAACACCAGGGGCCACCGGGGAAACAAACCGCGAGAAACCAAAGAACCCGGAGAACACCCCCCCCAGGGCCCCCCAGCCCCGGGGCGGCAAACCAGGAGCAAACCGCCGCGGAAUUCCCUCAGGAACGGCAAACUUCCUCCGUUCUCUUCAUUUUGAUGGGGCUUCGGGGACAUCGGCAGCGUUGCUUUAUCGAGAAUUCUCCUGGAGUUUUAUAG